AUGGUGUAUCCUUUCCGCCGGGCUGGAGAAAAGCUGAAGACUGUUGCGAAGAUGAAUACGUGGGUGCGAGGCCAAUCCGAAGAGCAACCGACAGCGACGAGUCCUUCCACCCGGUGCUAUCUUCUUGAACUGCCCACAGAGCUGCUGCUAGAGAUCAUCUCGCAUCUAUCUGUAAUACCUGAAACAUGCCUGGCUCUGACGUGUAAACGACUGUUUGCGAUAUGCGGAGCCAUUUUCAGAUCUGUAAGGUUCAGCCAGGACUUUGCACCUCUGUUUCACCAUUACCGAAACGGACACAAUUUCGUCACCACACGGUGGCAACUCAUCAAUAUACUAGAGAACAGCAGGUGGUGGGCCUGCUCGAAAUGUCUGAAGCUCCACCCACGAGGUGCUUUCUCCUCUCGGGAACUCAGGCGCAAACCGGAGGACCGAGCAUGUAUGUUGGGUAACUUUGCGGGCAUAGUUGACUUGUGUCCCUGCAAGAAAUUGACGUUUCGGGAUAAGUUGGAUCUUGUUGAACUUUUGAAAGUGCGACAGCGGUCGAUUGCCGCCUUGGAGUCUCAGUUUGGAGCCGGCGUUCAACAGCGGUUCUGCUGGCAUUCUUGCUCCAAGGACUAUGGGCCUACACAACUACAGAUUGAGAUUUUCCCGGAGCUGGACGACGAAGACCAGCUAAAAAUCAAGACCGAAUACAGAUUGACAACGGAAUCCGGAAAGCUAGGAAAGGAAGAAUACAUAACGCCCCGUUUCGGAUGUGCUCAUCGAUCAGUCGACCUGUGGCUUUCCAGUCAACCGCUUAUUCCUCCUGCCUCGUCAUCUCAACUUGCCCAUGGCUCAACCCAAUAUGGUGCCCAACCCGUGGUUUUUGUUGCAGGCAACAGCAACCGUUCCCAGGCUGUCGCGGCCACCUCAACAUCGGCGCAAUCAAAACAAUCGGCAUAUCAGACAGCGCCAACUCCAAACCUGGGAAAUAAUGUCUUCAACCAGUACCCCCAGGUUGCUCUUCCGGCCCCUUCGGUUCCAAGUUCAAAUCCAGUAGCUGCGGCACCUCCUGUGCCUUCUCCAAAACCUGCUCCUCUUCCGUCGUCAUCGAAACCUGCGACUUCUGUUCCGUCCUCGAGAGCUGCCCCUCCCGUUCCGUCAUCAUCGAAACCCGCGCCUCCUGUACCGGCCUCGAAACCCCUGCCUCAAGUCCUGAUCCCGGCUCCUUCACCGGAAGUCCAACAAAAAAUGCAGCGCCAGGGCUCUAAAAAACAAGUGCAACGUCAGAAUGCUCAGCAGCCAGUGCAGAAGCCAAGCAAGCCCCCUAUAGAUUAUCAAGUCCUCUUGUUGAGCUUGGCAGACGAGUAUCUAAAGGCAGCUCAUGGUCACGGAACCAUGGUCGCUUUAUCAAGGCAGGAGAUGGACAUUGAGGAAUAUUACAAGCUUGUUGCAACAGGUCUUGGUUGUCUGGAGGCAGUCUUAAAGGUUUGGGUGGCCGCUGUCCCGAUUAUAACGAUUGCUUUAAUUGGAGGCUACAGCCUCGAAUGGAAGCUCUUAUUGAUUUAUGUGAGCGAAUUACUUACGAUCUUGCAGAAUCGCAUGUUAGAUCUCAAGUAUAGUAUGCAGCAUCUUCUGGCGCGGAUGCUACACAAGACCAACCCGAAAGCCUCAUUGAAAGCGGUCGAUGGUAUGAUACAGGAUGUUGAAGCAUAUCGCCAUUCGGCUUGGGAGUAUGCUUUUCGAUUUCUUCGGGUGUCACUUUCGUUAUCAGCAUCGGCACAUCAGGAUUCGGUCUCUGCGCUGCAACACCUGCAUAAGAUCUCCAAUAUGGCUAACCGACAAGGUGACAAAGCUGUUGCGGCUAUGUCGGCCGUGAUUGAAGCACUUGCUCAUCUGCAACAUGGAACGAGCUCCGAUGCAAUUGAACAGGCUCAGCGUGCGGUUGCAGUAGCAAGAAGCCAUCAACUCAAUGAUGAGCUCCGCCAUAUACCGCAGCUCUCGACUCUGGUUCAAAUGGUUGAUAUUUGUUGCAGUCUCCUUGAAUACGACGUGAACCAGUCAUCACAAAAAUUGAAGGUCAUGCAAGAUUUGAUGGAUGAAAGAUUGAAUGAUCCGAAUUGGCGUGCUGAUGGCUCUUUUUCAAUUCCUUUGAGCGGAAGAUCAGCUGGACCCUCCUCCAUUGAUACAGGCGAUAUCCUGCAAGUGCAAAACGGGACGCUGCUGUUGAGUUUCAAUUGGCUUCCCCAGCACGAUCUCUAUGCGCUCUGCUAUUUCCUUAGCUCGAUUACACUCAGCUCAAGGAACUCUUAUGAUGGUCGUAAGGCUGAGAAAUUCCUCCAGGAAGGGAUACGAAUGAUUAAGGGAAGCUUCAAAGCACCACAAGAAGUUGCCGAGUCAAUGGUUUUUCUUGCCUGUGGUCGUACAGAUUGGGAUCUGGCGAAUCAGACACUAAAGGAGCUACGUCCCAUUGCCGAGGAACUCGGGGAUCAGCUCCCUGAUACCAUUCAGUGCUUGAUGGAGUAUGCAACGGGCGCACUGGCGCAGGCGACUGGCGAUCUGAAGGCUGCCCUUUCUAUUUUCCAGUCCCCUCUCCUCUCGAUGGCGUCAACCACCAGUAAGACUGCACGAAAUGAUCCUCGUCGUGACAUCGCCAUCCUUGCCGCCUUAAAUACGAUUCUCAUACUCCGUGACCCCGAUCAUCCGUCUCACUCCGAUCUUCCCAGCGCUUUGUCCCUCGUCGAGUCAUUCUGUAAGGGUAGCCCGAACAAGUAUAUCCAGGCGGCUUAUUACCUUGUAUGUGCAACUGUGCAAACAGAGUCGACUAUUCAGACCAAGCAGUAUCUUCAGCAGGCUCUCCAAUCUGCCACGGCAAUCAGCAACAGUCAAAUCACCUGCAUGACCCUGACGUUCAUGAGCUGGAAGUAUUUCCGCGGCGUGGUCGGAGAGCAAUCUGAGAAGAGCGCUCGUGCAGGCCGGGCAAUGGCAAAGAAGGCCAAUGACCGACUCUGGGUCAGCGUCACUGAUGAAAUACUGGCAGAGACACUGGAGAGGCAAGGGAAAAGUGAAGAGGCAAAGGGAGUUCGCGAUGAGGGCCACCGCGUGAUGACCGGAUUGCCGUCAGCUCUGAAACGACCUCUGUGA